AGGCGGCGGUGUGUGGAUCGCUGAGAGACUCGGAGGGUCCGGCUCAGUUUUAAUUCUCCUCUAAUCUCUGCAACAGCAGCGCUUCCUGGGUCCCGCGGCUUCUGCUCCAGCUCAGCCGCCCGCCCGCCAGCCGCCAGGCGAGCAUCCGAGCCGCCUCCGCCCCAUCACCCACCAUGGACAGCCUCCAAGAAAAAGUGGCUCCGGACGCGCUUGCCUGAGAAUUCCGCACAAAAGAGGCGCUCAAAAUGAAGACCCUGAUGCACCAUGGUCUGGCAGUGUGUUUAGUGCUCACUACCAUGUGCACCAGCUUGUUGCUCGUGUACAGCAGCCUCGGCAGCCAGAAGGAGCGGCCCCCGCAGCAGCAGCAACAGCAGCAGCAGCAGCAACAGCAGUCGAUUGCUGGCAGCGGGCAGCCAGUGGAGAGCAGUCCCCAGCCACGUAGAACCGCCCCCGCCGGACACCAGCAGUUGGAUGGAUACCUCGGCGUAACCGACCACAAGCCCCUGAAAAUGCAUUGCAAGGACUGCGCCCUGGUGACCAGCUCAGGGCAUCUGCUGCAUAGUCAGCAGGGUGCCCAGAUCGAUCAGACAGAGUGUGUUAUCCGCAUGAAUGAUGCCCCCACCCGAGGCUAUGGGCUUGAUGUGGGCAACCGCACGAGCCUGCGGGUCAUCGCACAUUCCAGCAUCCAGAGGAUCCUCCGCAACCGCCAUGACCUGCUCAACGUGAGCCAGGGCACUGUGUUCAUCUUCUGGGGCCCCAGCAGCUACAUGCGGCGAGAUGGCAAGGGCCAGGUGUACAACAACCUGCAGCUUCUCAGCCAGGUGCUGCCCCGGCUGAAGGCCUUCAUGAUCACACGCCACAAGAUGCUGCAGUUUGAUGAGCUCUUCAAGCAGGAGACUGGCAAAGACAGGAAGAUCUCCAACACUUGGCUGAGCACUGGCUGGUUCACUAUGACAAUCGCACUGGAGCUCUGUGACAGGAUCGAUGUUUAUGGCAUGGUGCCCCCAGACUUCUGCAGGGAUCCUAAGCACCCUUCAGUACCUUAUCAUUACUACGAGCCUUCUGGACCCGAUGAAUGUACAAUGUACCUCUCGCAUGAGCGAGGACGGAAGGGCAGCCACCACCGUUUCAUCACAGAGAAGCGGGUGUUUAAGAACUGGGCACGGACAUUCAACAUUCACUUUUUUCAACCAGACUGGAAACCAGAAUCACCCCCUGUGAAUCAUGCUGAGGAUAAACCUGUGUUCUGAGGGGUUCACGUGCCAGAGAGUAAGGUGUGGUGUCCACACCAUCAGCCACGAGAGGAAGGACUUGAACUCCAGGCAGGGAGUGGAAACUGGACAGUGGUGCCCUUCAGCACCUAGGACAGAACCCACCACCUGAGAGUAUUUCAGAAUGAACGUGUCCUGACGAGUGUUGUCUCUUUGAAAAGGAGACUGAACCCUCGCUUCUGUGACCCCCAGCCUGAGACUCUUUCAGAAUGAACGCAUCCUGACGAGUAUUGUCUCUUUGAAAAGGAGACCGAACCCUCGCUUCCGUGACACUGCCAUGGCUAGGAACACUCCAGGGUGGAAAUAUUGCCUUCAAAACUGAAACAGGAGCAGCCCAACACCUUUAAUUGCAUUUCUUUACAGGCAUCCAUGUCAAAAGACUUUUUUUUUUUAAAUCAGGUUAUAACCUAACCUAACUUAUAUCUUCGUCAUUUGUCAGACUCUGUGUUUUGUAAAAAGCCUGAGCAUAUGGACAUGUUUCUGAAGAGCACAUCUCCAAUGAUUUUCAUAAAGCAAAUGUCUGCUAUUUAUUUAUUGAGAGUUUUUUAGUGUACUCUAGGCAGUAUUUUUAUAGAUUAUGAUUAUGUGGCAAUUUAUUCUUCCUGACUCUUUAAUCCUGAAUGGUGGUUGGAAUGGCCUAGAAUCAGGCUGAUGAGUUACUGCAUUCACAACGCUCAUUAUUAGCUUGAAAUCUAUAUUUGACAGGAAAAUGUGUGGCAUUGUUUGAACCCCUUGGCUCAGGCAAAUUGCUCUUUCAUAACAAGAACAGCUAUAACAUUUUCUAAUAUACAUAAAUGUUCAAAAGAACAAAGUUGAAAACCAAAAACUAUGUUAUUAAAACAAAGAAGAUGCUAAUGAGAGGAAUUUAAAGAUACAACAGCUUUAUUCAGUAGCAACUGACACAAGUAAUUCCUCUUGAAGUUCUGCUUUCCUCUUCUUUAGAGUAUACCAGAAGACCCUAGAGUUCCUCUUGCAAACUAAGGGUAUAUGAGCCUCUCGCUGACCUUUAUGAGGAUUAGACACUUGGAUUGACAUGACUCUAACAGUAGCUGGAAAUUUCAAGUCAGAGUGAAAUGGUAGGGUCCUCCAGGUAGAAAUCAGGUUUCCUCCAGGGUCUCUCUUAUCCAAACUCUAUCCCUUACCUCUCUAAAAAAGUGAGAGAAGGAGGGAGGGGUGGAGAAGAGAUCACAAAGUCAUUCCUCAGCUCACAGCUCACUGCCCUGUGAACCGUUCUGACCCACUGUCUGCAAGUCUUAGAAGUAAUAGGAAGGACUCACUCACUCACUUCAUUCAAAUCCAAGGUCAAUAGGAUUACAGAUUUUCAUUUUAAAAAGUUAGGUUGCUCAGAAAAGACUAUACUAGACUUUUCUUUGCAUGCUGCCAACGGAGCAUUAGUGUAUCUAAUGACAGAUUUGAAGGCAGCAGCUAGUGCCAUGAGGGAACAGGCAUUACUUUACAAACAGGACAGGGCUUGUGAUUAAAGGUGUCUCACAUCACCAGUUCUUUCCCUCUUCUUAAUUAGUGAUAAUGUCCCUUUCCCUUUCAUUAAGUAGAACUAUUAAUUAUGCAGAGUACCAUUGUGGAGGUGCAAAUACAGUCCAGGUAUUCAGACAGCAGAAACCAAGUAUUAUUGUGGCUUGAGUUAUUAAAAGUCAGUAAAAAAAAUUGAAAUUGCUGUCUAAGGCAUAGUGGAAUUCGUUCUUCAAGUGUCUUCUGAGUUUUUGUAAGAAAAUGACUUUUAUUCUACCACAGCAUGGCCUCUGAGCAGUGUUCUCAUGAACACAAGCAGAAGAGUAUGAAUUGCACACAACUGAUUGACGGGUCACCUUCACAAUCCCUUGAAGAGAUUAUUUGUUGAAAUGUAAGUAAGUGGUUCCUUUGACAAUUCCUGUACUUAGGGAAAUUUGGAAAAGCACACCUGCCGGAGUGUAACUAUAUCACCUGACCUACUGUUGCACGCGUCUGAGUAUCUUUAGGUUUUCUGGUUUUCUUUUUUAAAAGGAAAAAAAGAAAGGCCCACAAAGAAUAUCAAGAUAACCCAUCUUUUGUAAUUUCCUCCUCUCAAAUAGUCAAAAGAAUGAGAAGCAACCAGACGCCCAGAAUCUUGGAUCUUUCACAGGAAAAUAUUGUAAAUUCACAUGUAGCUACAAUAUUUGACUUCAUAUAUUUUUUUCAAAAACAUGGUGUAGCUAAGUGUAAGAAAUUAUCAUUGGGUCAUGGUUUUACUGCAGCAUUAAAGAAAAUGCCGAGGGCUCUGAUGGCUUGUGCUGAUGGACCUGGUUGUGGGCAAUUGAAUUCAUGUCUUACCACCAUCAUUUCAGAACUGUCAGACUUAAUGCCAUUCAACACCAUUAAACAUAAACUCUGAUAGAAAAGACACAAACCCUGUUUACAGACUUCAUGAUUUCAGGCGAUUUGAAGUCUCAGUCAUACUUGGUGUGUUGCAUACCUUUUGCUUCUCUCCCCAGUGGCAUCGUCAGCCUCCUCCUAUCUUUUAAGACCACAGUAAUAUGAUGCCACAGCUGGCCGAUCCAUGGCUUCUGUUAUUUCAGCACAAGAACAUUUGGCAGAGGCCAUUACAAUAGAUAGCCAUUAUGGGCAAAGAUACAGGAAUCCACAAACAAAAUCAAUCACUUCAAAUGGCCCAUAAAAAGAGGAAUCUCACA